AUGGACGUUUCAGAUUUGAGUGCAAGUUCAAUGGAGUACGAAAGCGGAAAUACAGAUGAAGAGGAAUUCAAUAUUUCGUCUGCCAACUAUAAUGCACCUCCUGAAGAUGAACAAAGUUCUGGAGACGAUGAUGUCGAUGAAAGUAUGGAUGCAGAUGGUGUUGAUGUAGAAGAUGAUAAUAUAGAGCAAGAAGAAGAUAUUGACACUGAUAAUAUUCAGAGUGAUGUUGUGGAGGAGCCAACUGAUGAUGAGAGAUUGGACUGUGGUUUUGUUGAUGAGGUCUUAGUUGGCGAUAAUUCUUCUUACGACUAUUACGGUGAUUCAGACUUGGAGACUAUAGAAGAACCUGUUAGAAGAAGACAUGUGAAAUCAGUUGGUAAGAAAAAGAAUGGAUCAGAGGAUGAAGAUGAGAGUGAUACAGAAGAUAAGAGAAAGUUUUACUGGGAAGUAAUGGAGAAGACCUUUGUGUCUGAGGCAGCUGCUUAUACUUUUUAUAAUGGAUAUGCUCGACAAGAGGGAUUCAGUGUAAGAAAGUUCAAGUUCAAAGAGACUAAGGGUGCUAACAAAAUAGUUCGCAGAAGGCGGUUUGUGUGUUCUCGGGAAGGAAAACGUAACAGCAAGUUUCUGACUAUGGACAACCGCACUCGUAGGUUGAGACCUUUGUCACGUUGCAAUUGUAAAGCGGAGUUGGAUGUGAAGCUUGAUAGAGGUUCGGGGGUUUGGCGAGUUGCAAAAUUUGUUUACAAGCACAGUCAUAAGUGUGCAGAACCGAGCGAGAGCCCAUUUUUAUGGUCACAUAGGAGGAUAAAAGAUUUCCAGAAAGCGGAGAUAUUAGCAUUGGCAGCAGCUGGGGUUAGGAAGCAUGUGAUCAUGGAUACCUUCCUCAGCAAGUAUGGUCGGUACACCACUGUUGGGUUUACGAGGAAGGACUUGUACAACAUGUGCUGCAGGGAGAAGAGAAAGUUACUUGCAGGUGGUGAUGCUAGCUCAACCAUUGCCAUGAUGGAGAACCGGAGGAAGAAGUUUGCUGAUUUUUUUUUUGAGUACGACGUUGAUAGUAAAGGUCGUUUGAAAAGCUUGUUCUGGUGUGAUGCUCAGUCCCGGCAGGAUUACAACGAUUAUGGAGACGUACUUGUGUUCGAUAGUACAUAUAAGAUGAACCGAUAUGGUAUGCCAUUUGUUCCGUUUGUUGGAAUUAACAAUCACCGGAGGACGACAGUUUUUGCGUGUGCCAUCUUAUCAGAUGAGAAGGAACGCACGUAUGUAUGGUUACUGAAGACAUUUUUGAAAGCUAUGUUGCAGCAGAAACCCAAGUCAAUAAUCACCGAUGCUGAUAGUGCGAUGAUUAGAGCUAUUCGAAGUGUGUUUCCCGAGCAGUCGCACCGUAUUUGUUCAUGGCACAUUGAAAAGAACAUGGCUCGGCACCUAAGUUUCAAGUCGUUGAGUGAGUUUCGGGCUCUGUUGUAUUACACGACCACACCGGAUAUAUUCGAGGAAAGAUGGCACGCUUUUAUCCAGAAAUGGCAGACGAAGAAAACACAAACGUGGCUGAAAAGAAUGUACAAGAAGAGGAGAUUAUGGGCAGCGGCGUACCUAUCUGAGGGGUUCUGGCUUGGUAUGAAAAGCAAUCAACGAAGUGAAAGUCUUAACUCAUGUCUUCACCUACACCUAGACUACGGUAUGACACUAGUGGAUUUGAUUUUGCACUACGAGAAUGCUAUAGUGCGCAUUAGAGAGACGGAGGCAAAAGAUGACUGCAUUAGUUCACAGACAUCACCUGUACCAGUAACCAAUUUGAGGAGAAUUGAGAGAGCUGCUGCAAAGGUAUUCACUCCGGCAAACUUUUAUAUAUUGCAGCAAGAGAUAUAUAAAAUAGAAGGCAUUGAGGUUAUAGAUCAGUAUAAGGGAACAGAAGGUGAGAUGCAGUUUGUUGUUGCUUAG